GAAGAAUACGACGAAGAAGAGCUGCUCUUUUUGCCGAGAAGAAGCCAACGCAUUUCGUAGCCAUUAUUCGUCAACAUGCCUGGAGUUCUAGGAGUGCUUGCCCGCCGUGCUGCUCCUGUCCUGAGGGGACACGUCGUGGCUCAGAGAGCCAGCAUCUACACUAGACCACCGAAGGAAAAGAUCGGAUCCUUUGAAACUGCUGUUGGACUGGGCAUGUUCUCCCUGAUCAUCCUGGGACCAUCGGGGUGGAUCCUGGCCCACUUGGAGGACUACAAGAAGAAAGAGUAGCAUGGACAUUUUAACAGUUUAUUUGGCAUGUUCAAUUUCUGUGUCCAGUGACAACUUGGGACCAUCACCUUUAUUCUAACUGCAGAGACUCUUAUGGAACAAGAUUUACCGUUUAACUCUUCUACCUCUCUGACAGUUCCACUCCACAUCCUAAACAAAGAGCAACUAACCCCAAGAUUGUCUCUGAUGCAUUGAGUUCAUGGAUAUCUGUUGGCAUUCCUCAUAAGAAGUAUGUUACAGAAUUAAAUUAUAAAUGACA